CAGAUAAGGGGCGGGGACGUUUGUUUGGUACAGAGAUGCAAAAAAAUAAAGUUACACAAGCUUGUUUGAGCGGGUGCGCGUGAGUGUAUUCUUCGCGCCGAGCUGGUGUUGAGUGGCUUCAGUCGGUCAUUGUCUUUAAAUCUUGGUGUUAAACAGAGUGUGGAGGAGCACAUCAGAGUAACGGUGAUUGGUAAAGUUCAACGUAAACUCAUUCACAAAAAAAACACAGGAGAGGAGAAGGGGUGGAUCCUGAAGAGACCCACGGAGCAAAAGACAAAUCGGAUUAGAAACCCACGGAGCGAGAACGAGAGAACCAGCGAUAGACUCGCGUGGGUUACACCUUACAUCUCUAAUGGAUGUCAUUUUCGCCUUCAUUAUAACGAUGCUAUCCUUCGUUUUUUUCGGUCUGGUAAACAGAAUUCUGGACCGACUUCCCAUCCCUGGAUCCGCGCUAAGAAACACAUGGAAAUGGAAAAACAUCUCGACUUCCUUUGUACACAGCUGCAUUACGGCAAUUUGGGCAGUGUCCUGUUUCUACCUCCAUCCCCAGAUGGCUGAAGACCUAAUUUCAACACAUUCGGAUUUUUCCCAUGCAUUGGUAGCUGUGUCUGUAGGGUACUUCCUUCAUGACAUUGUGGACAUGAUCACUCACCAGAAAUUGCAAAAGUCCUGGGAACUGCUUUUCCAUCACAUUGUGGUGAUGACAUGCUUUGGGAUUUCUGUUUUUCUGGGCCGCUAUGUGGGUUUUGCUGUAGUGGCUUUGCUGGUAGAGAUCAACUCAAUAUUCUUGCACCUUCGCCAAGUUCUGCUUUUGGCCAACUUAUCCCAGACCACACUCUACAGACUGAACAGUAUGGUGAACCUUGGAACUUAUGUGGUCUUCCGCAUUCUAACACUGGCCUGGAUGACCCGUUGGCUUGUACUGAAUCGUGACAAUGUGCCUCUACUCAGCUAUACCAUUGGUAGCCUUGGCAUGGCUAUCAUCACUGUCAUGAACAUUGUGCUUUUUGGUCGUCUCCUCCGCAGCGACUUUCUCAAAUCCAGCAGGGAAGUGAAAAGGGAAAAAGACAAGUAGACUUUCCAGAACUAUAAAAGGGGUUUGUGACUGGGGCAAGAGAGAGAAACCACUUUUAUAUGCAAUUCUUAAUUCACUGAGCUGUAACUGGUCACCAAUGUUGCUUGUUUGAUAACCUACUUGUAUUACGUAUGAGGUUUAACUGUGGCCCUUAUCUCACCUACAAAGCAUUCAUCUUUUGGUGCUACUUAUAAUGGGAGCGCUGUGAACUGCACUAAAAAGUCUGCUUCCUGGCCUAAACACUGUGAAGACGUGUGGCCCCACAGGCCUGGUUUUGCUCAAUGCUUCCACAUGGUAACUCCUUUCAUUUUAUUGUGUCUGGCCACAGGAUUUUCUUUUAUCUGUCCUAAAGUCUUUUGGCAUUCAUACUGUUCGCUGUCCAAAUUGAAUAUUUUUCUUCAGCCAAGGAUAAAAAACAUGACUGUAUUGCAUUUUGUUUUAUACAGUUUGAUUUGUGAUGAGACAUCUUCCUUUUAACUACACUCCGACCAUCAUGGAAAAUUUUACCUCUUUCUCCCAUAGGCUAUACAGAUGAAUUCAGGAAUUGGUAGGUAAUAAUUGCUCAAGUUAAGAGAACGUUUUCACAGCUAUUGUCUUAAAUCUGUUAUUCCACUUAUGGCAGGCGUAGCAGUAUUUAUGACUGCACAUGUAGUAAUACUUUUGUACUUUUAAAUAUUAAACGUUUGGUGUAUAAAUUAGUAACAGAAAAGCACUGGUUAAGCAAGCCAGUACUAUGCCUUUUGUAAUUAUUUGAUAUUAUGAAUAUGUAAAUAUAUUUUAUUGUGUUAUAAUUCUUAUUUACAUUUAAUUUGUGACAGAGAAUCUUUCUUGGAGUCAACAAGGGUAUGACCGAAAAAUAAAUUCUAUAAAGUGACACAA